UUUUCUAAACUUUUUUGAUCGUGUUCGCUCUGCUGUGUCGAUGCUCGCUCGUUUUGUGAGUGGGGAGAUGUUUUAAAAGUAUUGUAAUCAAGUUGGGGAUCAUGCAGGCGCACCGACUUUGUCGCAGUUUGAGAGAGGAUACGUGUAACUCUAUCCUCUUGUUCAUUAAUAAAAAACGGCGUUAUUAUGCUGAUUGAAUUUCUAAUAGGGACCACGAAAGGGGUCAGGGGAGGUAAUAAUUUAGUUUCCUGAUGUAUUUAGCUAAUUAAUUAAUGCGAAGAGUUGUACAUUUAGCCAUGUUGGCUAUUGCCACUGUAAGAAAUAGGCGAGUAGGCUACAUUGCCUACCCACAUGGGCUGUAGGCCUAUUGUAGAUUAUUCCUUUUAACCCAUAAUCCAUAAAUGCAAUGCAUUUAAAUGUUAUGUUAAAUAAUAUAGCAGCGUAAUUCAGAUAACACAUUUUUUAACAAUCUGUAAAUUGACUAUCUUUUCUCAAAAAACAGACAGGUUUGUAAGCAAAUUAUGAAAACAAAAGUUUGAUGUAGUCAUUAAGACUUUAUAGGAAACUUGAGGCCUAUGCUCAGCUAUACCCUGCAGUGUUAGUCUAGCUCUCUCAUAAUCCGGAUAACCUCACAAGGCAAGGCGAGGAUGAAUAUACGGAUUAUAAAACGAAUCCCUACAUGGAGCAGUCGCGCAAUUAUCAAGGAGCACGCGGAAAAUACCACAAAUAUGACAUAUUAUGCGCUCUAGUUCAAGAACAACCCAGCGGCGCCGCGAUACUGCUGUUUACCAAGUAAACCUUGUUAAUGUUUGGUGUAGAGAUUUUUUUUGCUUUCUGUCUGAGAUUGUUGCUGUUUUGUAGUGUGGGCUAGUUUGUCUCGGGACAUUGCAUCAAAUAGCUCUGAAAGUAGGCUCCAAAUUUGGCACAGACUUGGAAAACUAACUAAAUAUGAAUUAAUGCCAUACGGUUAACACGAUUUUCUUUUUGUUUAGUAACAUUUUGCUUUUUCAGUCUACAAGUGUUCAUGUUUUCCUUUUUGACUUUGUUAUCGCCUUAAAGUAAGUAAGUGUGUGUGUGUGUGCGUGCGUGCGUGCGUGCGUGCGUGUGUGUGUGUGCGUGUGUGGGUGUGUGUGUGUGUGUGUAUGUGUGUGUGUGUGUGUGUGUGUGUGUGUGUGUGUGUAUGUGUGUGUGUGUGUGUGUGUUCGAGAGAGAGAAAGAGAGAGGAUGUGUCUUAAGAACAUUUCGUGGUCUAAUACGCCAUCUAGCGCAAAUAUAUGGAAACAUCUUGACAGCCGUUUUAAAGUAGGCCUAGGUCUAGGUCUUAUGUGCUGCUGUUGCCCCUUUAUCUUAAUAUUGUUCGUAUACACCACUUGCAAUCAAAUUCCAAUCAACAUCGUCUUAAGAUACUGCUGAUUCCUUUAAAUAUGAAUAUGUGCAGUAGGCUAAUAAGCUAACUUGAGCACUGUUGAUGAAAGUCAUUAUCUUCAAGACAUGUCUUUCAUCAUGUUGCUAAAUGUAAUUACCCUACGGGUUUAUAAGGGCUAUUUAAUGGUUGUAAAAAUCCCAAAGAGAGCACAGAGUACUGGGCUUGUCGACCUAUGUAGGGACACUGUCUGACAGGGUCAAUAAAUUCAUUGACAUGUAAUGUAGACCUUAUGUUUAUUUAUUAAUUAAGAUGGCCUACACUGGUAUUACAGGCUAGCAAUUGGAAACUUGUCAUUUUAACAGCCAAUGUACACAUAAUAAAAUAUUGUUAGGCUGUGGUUUUGAAGCAGUUAUCAUUUUACCUGUGUGACCUGGUUGGCAGUCACGUUGACAGGCUAGCAUGUUGCACCACUAAUUAGUUGUAAGUGCAACUUACGGAUAGACAUGCAGGAAAUGUUGCACUUAUUAGAGUACUACGUUUAUCAGGAGGUGGCUUAAGUAUGAAGUGGGUAACCUUUGAAUAUUAUGAUAUUGUGAUAUAUAGGCUAUUGGACCUGUCUUUUGUAACCUGGCACAUUAAUGACAUUAAUGACAUUUCCAGAGGAAGUGGUGGAGGACAACGCCCACAUUGUCUGUCAAUGGAAAAGAUGCCACUUGGGCCUUCAUGAUCUACUGGAACAUAUUCCAACUGUCUUAACAUGUCUUGUUUUAAGUGGUCAUUACAUUUAUUUUAUGAUUCUUAUCCAUUUCAAGAUGUUAUUUGCAAGUGUCAGAUAGGGAGCAGAUCUCUCAAAACAGGCUUCCACGUGGUUUCUUGGUUGCAUCUGUUAGCUAUUACGGGGAAAAAGGAUAAUGGCGUUACAUUUGUAUAUUGUGACUGUGUCCUCUAGUAUGUUUCCAAAAUAUAUAGUUCAUAUAAAUGAAGCAUUAUCUUUUAGGUAGGUUUAUUUGGAGCAGAUCCAAAGGUCAUAUUUUAAUGGACUGGAUAGGUAAACAUGUUGAUUGGUGUAGCUAUAGCACAAGCUGAUGUACAGGGAUCUUGGAUCAUGUGGAGACUGGGUAUUUCCCCCCCGUAGUGACUUACUUGACAAUGUGUUUUCAAAGUGAAAACGUUUUAAAAAGAGAGGCCUGUUAAGACAAGAAUCUUGAGAAAAUGACUCUUUGAAAUAGAAAGUUAGUAUGUAUUGCCACAGAAAAUUUGCCCACAUUCAUGACUGUGUAAGUUAAGUGUAAGUGAAAUAUGAAGUCAUAUGUUGUCAUGUGCUGAGUUUUGUACAUGGUUGAAACACCAUUGUGUUUGUGAAUCCACUCCAGCAUCUGUCAAAGGGAGAUUUUUCAUUAUAAUCCCCACCUGACACGAAGAGCAAACACUGCAAGGCACCAAGCUAUCUCUAAACCCAACCGUAUAGCCGUGCUGGCCUCUCUCACAACAAUUGAACAGGUGCUCAUCUGAAUGUGUCAUCGUAAAGCCCUGCCACUAUGUGGAAAUCCGUCAACUUUUAUCUAUGAACGUUCUGAAUGCACCAAAUGCAACUGUAAAGGACUGAUUUUAUUUAUGGAAUCUUGAUAUUACGGAAUAUAUGUUAUGGCUGGAUAGAGUGUGGAAGUUUGCUUGUUCUCUUCCACACCCAUCCUGUACAUAUCCAGUACAUGAUAAUUAAAUAUGACUGCACUGAUUACCUGGAGAUAAAAAAUCUUGACAGUAAAAUCCAAUUCAGAGCUGAAGAUAUUCUCAAAUCUAAUAUAUUAAAUGAAAACAUAUCAGCCAUGGUGAGAAUCACUUUUAUUUUGGUUUGAAUUAGAUCGGUCUCAGACAGUACUGUUAUUCUGAGCCAGUCCCACAGCAAUGAAGUGAUUUAUCGGCUAGAUUGCAUUUUAACAGGAUGUUGAUUGAGAGCAUAAGCCAUAUUGAUUUUCCUGAUGGAAACAGGAAAUAGCCGAGUUCGAAAUAAAAUUAUUUGUUGUUCCCGGUGUGAGGAGGCCCAGAGGACUGGCAGGCAAUUGCACACUGAUGAGUGGCACUGCCCCCAAAACACCUCCCCUCCAUCCUGUCCCCUAUGGAGACCUGGGAGAGACGUCAUCGGUGGUUGUUAUGCUGCAAAAUGACGCCUGCACUGACUCCCCACCCCCUGUUACUGCAAUUUAGCCCCAGUGAUCCAUCAGGGAAGAAGGACUACUACCUCUGCUGCAGCAUCUUCUACAUGAAGAUGGACCCCCAAUCAGUUCAUGUAUCAGUAAGCAGUGUGAUGGGAUUUCAGUCCAUGUAUUUGUUUUCCUAGAUCAUUGGGGCAGCCUAAUGACUGGAUUUGACAGGUCACAGGAACACUUUAUAGGAUGAUAAAGGAUUACCUCAUAUGAAUGAUUAUUUUCAAAUUACAAUAUUGAGAAAAUGUUGGAAUGAUUUCCUGCUCAUCUAUGUUUGCUUGGCUGCGUUUUGUCUCCAAGGUUGUUUUGUCAGUAAGAGGAAAGAUGCCCCCAUCCCCCUGCAAACACGUACAAACCAAGCCCUCCCAUCCUCUCCUCCUCCAUCCCCUCCCUUCCCUCUAACACACACUCACACUCUGGAGAAACACGUCACUGAGCUUGGGGACUCAGCGGCUCAUUAAGGAGAAGGAUGUGAUAUUCUCAAUCGAGACUGUGAGACUCCCAGCACGCCUAUUUAUAGAUGCAAUAUCUCUAUGGCAGUCACCGUGGCGUUGGCUAAUCGCAGCCGUGGCCCCAGACACCAAUUAAGAAUGAAACAAAUGCUUUUUAGGUGGGGUCUGCCCCUCCCUUCUGCUAAGGUCCUUCCGUCCGCCACACUGCCUGGUGGGGGAGCGGAUCUGCUUGGAGCGUAUUCCUCCAUCAGGUCAGGAUACAAGGAGGGUGCAGAGUGUAGAGUGCAGUCAAAGCCCUGCCGUGGCUAUUUUUAAAUGCCCCCCUCUGGAGAGCGAUAGCUAGGUUUCUUAUAUUGUGGUUGUUUUCAUAUGUUUGACUCUGGGUCUGGGAUGUCCGUGGAUAUGUUGAAUUGCUGUGACUCAUAGGGCAUAAAGAUCCACCAGGUUAGAAGAGUGAUGACCAUCCUGUUCCUUACUAUGGUUAUUUCAUACUUCAGUUGCAUGAGAGCUGCUCCCAUGAGAGACGCCCCGGGUAUGCGGAGCCACCGAACGGAAGGCUACUUGGGUGCUGCAGUGACAGCCGGCCGGGGCCACGGGACUCCACAGAGCGGGGGUGGGCUGGGCCAGCAUGGGGGACUGCCCUCGCUCACAGACACGUUUGAGCAGGUGAUUGAGGAGCUCUUGGAGGUGGAUGGAGAAGCAGCUCAGCUGGGGCCUGGGGCUGACAAGGGCCAGGGAGGAGGGGGUCCUUCCUCUGUGGUCACCACGGAGACCAAGGAUGUCGACCUGUAUGCAUCGCGGGUGAUGAUCAGCAACCAAGUGCCUUUAGAGCCACCGCUGCUUUUUCUCCUGGAGGAAUACAAAAACUACCUGGACGCCGCUAAUAUGUCCAUGAGGGUACGGCGGCAUUCUGACCCGUCGCGGCGUGGAGAGCUGAGUGUGUGUGAUAGUAUUAGCCAGUGGGUGACAGCUGUGGACAAAAAGACAGCAAUAGACAUGUCUGGCCAGACCGUUACCGUCCUGGAAAAGGUCCCUGUCCCCAAUGGCCAACUGAAGCAAUACUUUUAUGAGACCAAAUGUAACCCUAUGGGGUACACAAAGGAGGGCUGCCGUGGAAUAGACAAGAGGCAUUAUAACUCCCAAUGCAGGACAACCCAGUCCUACGUGCGAGCGCUCACCAUGGAUAGCAAAAAGAAGAUUGGCUGGCGGUUUAUAAGGAUAGACACAUCAUGUGUAUGCACAUUGACCAUUAAAAGAGGAAGAUAGUGUAUAUAAUGUAUAGAUUUUAUUGAGAGUUUAAAAAAGAGAGUAAAGAGAAAAUAUCUAUUUGUAUAUAUACAUAACAGGGUAAAUUAUUCCGUCAAAUGAAAAUUUUAUGGACUGCAUGUAAAAAAAGAUGAAGUUUAUACAGUAAAAGUGAUACUACAGUCUAUUUAUUGAACAUAUUCAUGACCUUGUAAACAAUUAAAAAAAGAUCUGAUCAGUCA